AUGAAGAUGGGCAAACAUGAAAUGUGUCAUUAUCUUCAGCUUAUAGCUAUUUUUUGCUGUCUCUCUGGAAUAAGCCAAGCUGAGCUCUCAAUGUCUACAUCCAAGCCCUAUAUUCAGUCUGGAAAAUCAAGGACAAAGCGAAGUUGGGUUUGGAACCAGUUCUUUGUCCUUGAGGAAUACACUGGCACAGAACCUUUGUAUGUUGGCAAACUUCACUCUGAUGUGGAUACGGGAGAAAACUCCAUCAAAUAUGUUUUGACGGGUGAAGGGGCUGGUUCCAUAUUUAAUAUUGAUGAAAAUACUGGUGACAUUCAUGCUACAAAGAGGUUGGAUAGAGAAGAACAAGCUUACUAUACGUUGCGAGCACAAGCUAUUGACAGGCAAACAAAUAGACCAGUGGAGCCUGAAUCUGAAUUUGUCAUCAAAGUACAAGAUAUAAAUGACAAUGAGCCAAAAUUUCUGGAUGGACCCUAUACUGCUGGCAUCCCUGAAAUGUCCCCUGUUGGAACAUCAGUGAUGCAAGUAACAGCAACAGAUGCCGAUGAUCCUACUUAUGGAAAUAGCGCUCGAGUGAUCUAUAGCAUUCUUCAAGGCCAGCCAUACUUUUCUGUGGAGCCAAAGACAGGCAUUAUUCGAACAGCCUUACCUAACAUGGACAGAGAAGCCAAAGACCAAUAUCUUCUGGUAAUACAGGCUAAAGAUAUGGUUGGACUAAUGGGAGGAUUGUCAGGCACAACCUCUGUCACAGUCACACUUACUGAUGUUAAUGACAACCCACCAAAGUUUCCUCGAAGGUCUGAACAGUAUUAUGUGCCUGAAUCCUUGCCUGUUGGCUCAACAGUGGCAAAAAUCAAAGCAGCAGAUGCUGAUAUUGGACAGAAUGCAGAGAUGGAAUAUAAGAUUGUUGAUGGCGAUGUGGAAGGGUUUUUUAAAAUCUCUGUAGAUAAAGAUACGCAAGAAGGAAUUGUUGCAAUUCAGAAGGAGCUGGACUAUGAAACAAAAUCCAGCUAUACACUGAAAAUAGAAGCCUCAAAUAAGCAUGUGGACAAUCGAUUUCUCAGCGUUGGUCCAUUUAUGGAUACAACAACAGUGAAAAUUACUGUGGAAGAUGUGGAUGAACCUCCUGUAUUUUCUCAACAGAUAUACACAAUGGUGGAGUCUGAAGCAGCAAAAAUAGGCAGCAGCAUAGGAGCAGUAACAGCACAUGACCCAGAUUCUUCACACAGCCCUGUGAGAUACUCAAUUGAUCGUAACACAGACCUGGAGAGAUAUUUUAACAUUGAUGCCAACAGCGGACUCAUCACUAUAGCUAAACCUUUGGACAGAGAGACUAACGCUGUCCACAACAUAACAGUUCUGGCAAUCGAGAGUCAAAAUCCUGCACAAAUCGGGAAAGGCUAUGUGGCCAUAAGCAUUCUGGAUAUCAAUGAUAACGCACCUGAAUUUGCUAUGGAAUAUGAGACAAAUGUUUGUGAGAAUGCUCUUCCAGGACAGGUUAUUCAAGAGAUAAGUGCAGUAGAUAAAGAUGAACCAUCAAAUGGGCAUUGGUUUUAUUUCAGUUUGCCACCUGAUGCAAGUAACAUUAAUUUCACGUUAAAAGACAAUAAAGAUAAUACAGCUUCAGUCCUUACAAAGAGAAAUGGAUUUCGGAGGCAAGAACAGUCAGUGUUUUAUUUGCCAGUUGUUAUUGUGGACAGUGGAUCUCCAUCACUUAGUAGCACCAACACCCUUACUAUCAGGGUUUGUGAUUGUGAUGCAGAUGGGAUUGCUCAGACCUGCAAUGCUGAAGCCUACACCUUACCUGCGGGUCUAAGUACAGGAGCACUAAUUGCAAUAUUAGCCUGUGUCUUAACACUGUUGGUACUCGUUCUUCUUAUUGUCACCAUGAGAAGAAGAAAAAAGGAGCCUUUAAUUUUUGAUGAAGAGCGAGAUGUUAGAGAAAACAUUGUAAGGUACGAUGAUGAAGGAGGAGGUGAAGAGGACACGGAAGCCUUUGACAUAACCACACUGAGGAACCUUAAUAUUAUCCGAGACAACAAAAGCAGAAGGGAUGUAACACCAGAGAUCCAGUUCUUAAGCAGACCAUCACUACGGAGUGCUCCAGACAAUUUAAUCUUUAGGGAAUUUAUUUGGGAGAGACUAAAGGAAGCUGAUGUGGAUCCUUGUGCUCCACCUUAUGACUCCUUACAGACAUAUGCUUUUGAAGGAAAUGGCUCAGUUGCCGAGUCUCUCAGUUCUUUAGAGUCAGUCAGCUCAAACUCUGAACAUAAUUAUGACUACCUUAGUGACUGGGGUCCUCGUUUUAAAAGACUUGCUGACAUGUAUGGCACUAUUGAAGAUAACUUGUACUCUUAG